ACACAAUUCCGUGCAUUAUAUAAUCACAGUUAUGUAGCCAUAAUCUGGGGAGGCUCAUCACCUGGCUCUAAGAUACUACUGUUUGUGAGGUGUAUAAAUGUGGCACUGACACUGUGAAAGAGCUGCUGAGUAAAGCCAUGUCCCAUCUACCUGCUGUCUCUCGAGUGUUCUUCCAGCUCCCUGCCCCCCAUCCACCCACUCCCCUUGGACCUCAGCUGGGGCUCUAACCUGACAUUUGGCAUAGUGAGCAAGAUGAGAUUUAGAAGCAGCAACGCAGCCUCUUGCCUGGAAUUGGGAUGAUGCGGCUGAAACCACCUUCCUGGCAGCCAAACAGGCUAUUCAGCAGGCACAAGCCCUAUGGGUAGCUGAUCAGGGGCACCCAUUUAAACUUGAUGUGCAUGUGACCAGAUAGUUUUGACUGGGGCUUAUGGCAUCACACAGAGCUCUUUAGAAUGCCAGUAGACUUUUGGUCCCAACUUUGGAAGGGAGCUGAGCUCCAGUAUUCCUCGACAGAGAAGCAGUUACUAACUGCAUAUGCUGCCCUUUAGACUCGUGACAGCCUGGCAGGAUGGGCUACAGUCGUCGCGCGCAUGACUUACCCAAUACCAGGGACUUGUGCCCAGAGAGAGAGAGAAAAACUGCUGACCCUGUAAGAGAGAACUGGCCAUCUUGCAGACAGACAGAGGUGAGCCAGGAAUUAACAAGCGUGCCAAGAAGUACAGCUGUAAGUGUGGGAGCGGCAGGAGCCACAGAGCCGUUUGCUGAGAAGGGCUGCAGUCGGAGGAGGCAGCCGAGACAGAGGCAGACAGUGUGAGAGCUGCAGCAGCUGCUGCUGAAUAAAAUCAUAUUUUACCUGCCUACAGCCCCGAGUGUUCUUUCAACUACCUGCCACCCAUCCAACAACUCCCCUCGGACCUCAGUAUGGGCUGGAACCUGACACUUGGCAUGACAGUGGAGGGAAAAGUAAGAUAUUCUGAAAGAGAGCCUAUCCCAGAAGCCAUGAGACCUGGGCCUGAUCUAAGAGGGAAGGGAAACCUGAGAUUCCUGUGAACCAGCUGGGACUAGAUUUUAAACUAGAAGUGAGUGACUGCAAAAUUAUUUGACUGGACUCGGAUGUCAACUUUGGGAUUCCAGAAGACAGAGGUUUGAGUGUAAAACACAAAAUAACAAAACCACAACAAAAACAACUCUGUAUUCUCGUCCCCACCAUUACCAUCUCUCCUUUGUGAUGUCAAAGAGACCAGAGGAAGUGGACAGACUCGGGGAAGAAUAGGUAAGUAUUAGAGACAGAAAAAGUAUGAAGUCCCUUCUGUGAGGACUAACAAUAGUGAUGCCAUUUUACAACCUUGAUGACUGUGUUCUCAAGAAACAAAGCAAAUGUCAACCCCGUCCAUAGCUUCAACAGAGCAUAACAGCUCUAACCGCAACAGAGCCUAACGGCCCUAACCACAUCUGUCCCCAGUUGGAAAGUGUCCAAACAGUUCCAACUAGCCAGCACUUCCCCAACCCCUCCCCAACAGAAACUUUAUUAUAAAAGCCUCAGUUUGUAAGCGAUCAGGAUCUCAGCCAGAUUCCUAACUGGAACUCUUCGCAGGCUUUUCCUGUAAAUAAACCUGUUUGGCCGUGGAAUUGCCUCCUGUUACUCGCUCUCUACGUUUAUAUCUUCCUAACACCUUCCGGCUCUAAUGUUUUGCGUCUCGAUGACCAUCUAACUCCUAAAUGCUGGGGGCCGCUCCCCAUAGAAAUGCCUCGCCGGAUUUGUCCGCCUCGCACCCAGUGGGACUGGGAUUUUUGGCCCCGGGGUUUGCAAUAAGGGAGUCACCAAGAUGCAGCCACCUCUGGAAUUCCUAGAAAGGAAAGAGUUGCCUGGCUUCAGCCAGUGGGCUCAGAACGGCUGACGCAUUUCCGGCCUUUGCGGUUGAUCGGUCAUUGGGGUGCUGCAGCCCCGCCACCUGUUCCGUAGCUUGCCGGUGCCCCGAAGGUGUCUUCUCCUAAGGAAGAUUAAAUCGGAAAGUUUUAAAUCACAGUUAUCCCUUUACUUAAAGCCAGAGUAAGCCUUCUAAAUUAACCCCAGGAAUGGCUUCAACAGAGGAACAGUACGAUCUUAAGAUUGUGAAAGUGGAGGAAGACCCUAUCUGGGACCAACAAACCCACCUUCGAGGGAACAACUUUUCUGGCCAAGAAGCCUCCCGACAACUUUUUAGGCAGUUUUGUUACCAAGAGACUCCUGGUCCCCGAGAAGCUCUGAGCCGGCUCCGAGAACUCUGUCAUCAGUGGCUAAGGCCAGAAAUCCACACCAAAGAGCAAAUCUUGGAGCUGCUGGUGCUGGAGCAGUUCCUGACUAUCCUGCCUGAGGAGCUCCAGGCCUGGGUGCGGGAGCACCAUCCAGAGAGUGGGGAGGAGGCUGUGGCUGUAGUUGAAGAUCUGGAACAAGAGCUUAGUGAGCCAGGGAACCAGGCUCCAGACCAUGAACAUGGACAUUCUGAAGUGCUCUUGGAGGAUGUGGAACAUCUGAAGGUCAAGCAGGAACCAACAGACAUACAGCUUCAGCCUAUGGUGACACAGCUCAGAUAUGAAUCUUUUCGCCUCCACCAAUUUCAAGAACAAGAUGGUGAAAGUAUACCUGAGAACCAGGAGUUGGCAUCAAAGCAAGAAAUCUUAAAAGAAAUGGGACAUUUGGGGGAUAGCAGACUCCAAAGAGAUGUAUCUUUGGAUUCUAAGUACAGAGAAACUUGUAAACGAGACAGCAAGGCAGAAAAGCAGCAGGCACAUUCCACUGGAGAGAGACGCCACAGGUGCAAUGAAUGUGGGAAAAGCUUCACUAAGAGUUCAGUACUCAUUGAGCACCAGAGAAUCCACACUGGGGAGAAGCCAUAUGAAUGUGAAGAAUGUGGGAAGGCCUUCAGCCGGCGGUCAAGCCUGAAUGAACAUCGGCGGAGCCACACUGGAGAGAAACCCUAUCAAUGUAAGGAGUGUGGGAAAGCCUUCAGUGCCAGCAAUGGCCUCACUCGACACAGAAGAAUCCACACAGGGGAAAAACCAUAUGAAUGCAAAGUGUGUGGGAAGGCUUUCCUCCUCAGCUCAUGCCUUGUUCAGCAUCAGAGGAUACACACUGGAGAGAAGCGCUAUCAGUGUCGUGAGUGUGGCAAAGCCUUCAUUCAGAAUGCAGGGCUUUUCCAGCAUCUCCGAGUCCACACUGGUGAGAAACCCUAUCAGUGCAGUCAGUGCAGUAAACUUUUUAGUAAGCGGACACUUCUUAAGAAACAUCAGAAAAUCCACACUGGAGAGAGACCGUAAGGGUGAUGAGUUUGGGAAAGCCUUCAGUCAUCAUUGCAACCUUAUUAGGCAUUUUAGAAUCCAUACUGUUCCAGCAGAACUGGACUAAUUCUGUGGACCCUCAGACCCCUAAAUGGGGCCGUCUUGGAAAGUAAGAUUUUCAAGUGGCUUAUUCUGUUCUUAUAAAAUUUAUUUUGUAUUGCAUUGAACCACUUGUCUACAAACCAGGUGUUGGUGUCUCCUGUGUGGAUGACUGUGAUUGUAGGGGGUUGCUGGGUGGCCUUCUUAUUCCCUAGCCUUUGGUCCAUUUCUUAUGAUUUCCUUUAAAGGGACCAAAUCUUAUCUGGAAAUAAGUUGUUAUGGAGGGGCUAUUUUUGAGCAAUACUGCAUAUUGAACAAUUCUAAAAGACCAGUAUCUAUGUAUACUUUUUAAAAAAAGAUUUGCUAAGAUCAAAGGAUAUUCAGAGGUGCAUCUUUUUCUGUAAGAGUGACAUUUUAAACAAAUGUAAGGUUUUGGGGAAUAAGAAUCGUCCACAUUCCCACAGGAAAUCAUUGCUAUGGUCUCCCCUAGGAAUGUGAUAGAUAGCUUCUAUAAUUAUGCAGCAUUAUCCAUGGUAUGAAACCUGUAGUUUUAAUGGUUUAGAAAUCUAUGUCUCAUUUCAUAUCUAACUCAUGUUUUUGAUAUGAAUCAAUAUAUAUGUUGAUAUCAUGAGUUAAUAUGAGUUUGACAUGAAUCAUCAACAUAGUAUAUACAUAUCAACAUAACUGUUGAUGAUUCAUAUCAAAUUCUCAAUGCAGGUCAUUACUGUAAGUUUUCCAUUUUUGUUACAAAUAAUAAGUAAGAUGAUACUUUAAAAUUUCUGUUCUUCACAAGGUACCUCUUUAAUUCAUAGUCUUUUAUGUCAGCAUUAUUCUUCUUUUGGGGGUUGGUCAGCAACUUUGAGUGCCAUUGCAAGCAGCAUCAUUUAAGUAGUUUUAUAAAGAAAAGAAGUCUGAUAUCUUGGGCAGCUUGCUGCUUACUGGGGAGACCAGCAUGCUUAGACAUUUAUUGUCAGGGUUAAACAUAUGCUGUGGCACCAAGUUCAGAUCUUUCCUCCCCAUUUGUGAGCUGUGGGACUUUAGGCAACUUAUCUAAAUGCUGCUAUGCUAUAGUCUCCCCACCUGUAAAACAGAGGAUGAUACCAGUACCUUCCUCAUAGGGUACAUAAGAUUAAAUAAAUACAAACUUGUACUUAAAAUGUAGCUCUCAAUAAAUGUGCAUUAUGAUUUACAUACGAAAUAAUAGCAUUUAACAAAUGUAGGUAGAAUUUUAAGUAUCAUGUUAAAAUUAGGAUACGAAAUGCCUCUGCUGACAUUCUUGUUACUCUUUUCUCCACAGUCAAAACCUGAAUCAGAAUAUUUCAAAAGAGAAGAAAUAAAAGUUCAGCUUAAAACUGUUCUGCCCUAAA